UUUCAUAUCUGCUUUUCUUUUAUCUGUGCCGUAAUUUUUUUUAUUUCGUCUACAGAUUCAUUCAACAACUAAUGCGUUUUGUAUUAAACUCGGGUAUAUUUUUAAUCUUCCGUUCCGUUUUACUCCGUUUUACGUUUCCGUUUUACUCAUCCGUUCCCGUUUACUCCGGCACAGCAGAGGGCAGUAAAGAGCACACACAAAGCAAUGUGCUGAUACCUGAUUGGUCGAUUUGUCUUGCGUCUUAGACGCGGUUUGUUUAGUUGCUCCCUUGUGCUCAGUCAAAUUAGAAAGCGGGUUAAACUUCAGGAGAGUUAAAUUACUUCGCUGGAAAACCAUGGACGACACUUCUAAAUUGCUGUUGCAGCGUCUUGUGCGACGGAUACCGACUCAAAUGCUUAAAGCAACACUGGACAAGUGGGGUCGUCUGACGGUUGAACAGCGGCAAGCUAUGGAUUUUACUCAGUCAAAAUGGGCGUUAACACAGAAACUGCUGUCUGUCUGCGAGGAAAAUAAAUUGACUUUGACACAUUUAGCAGAACUGGAGAUGAUCCAUGCCAUGGAGAAUCCAAAUCAGGGGAUGUGGUACACCUUUCAGCUCUUGGAACCAGAGAAUGAUGCUCAGUCCGUAGAGCUGACACAGUUCAAGCAGCAAUUCAAAUGCCACCUCAGUGAGCUUCUAAGACAAAUGUCUGUGAAAAUAAAGAAGCACACAGAUGAAGCUGUAUGGAUUCGAAUUGCAUUGGGGAGCAGCUUUUCUAAACCCAAUCACCUGAAACCAACAUAUGUCGUUCACUACCUUCAAACGCCAUAUGUCUUUGUAAGGAAUCUGACCUCAAAGCUGAAGCCUCUCUUAUCUCAGGCUUUGACUCUGGCUACGAGACAUCAAGGAGUUAAGGAGGCUAACCUCAGUGGAAGGAAUCUUACUUCCAUCAGAGACUUACUCAUGAGGCAGUACCAACAAGUGUUUCCCACAAAGUAUCGCAGUCCUCCCGAGGAAGAGGAUCAACCUGUAUUAAACCAGCACAUUGAAAAAGAACAAGGCGGCGUCGCUGCACACAGGCGACACAUGGCUCACCAGGCUUUUGGAGAUGGGAUGUUACCUCAACUACAGUCUGCAGUUUAUAUGUUGGACACUAAAUUCAGAGACCCAAACAACAGGACCAUGACGGAGCGGGAAGAAACAUUCAAAUGUGUUGUGAAAUUUUCAAGUAUCGACCUUCUCGAGUCGCUCCGGUCCUGUGCAUCUUCAGGCAUUGCCUCGGCCCCUGUUACACCCCUGCUGUCAUCGAUCCCAUUAAAAGGAAGAAAUUACUUUGUUGUCACUGACAAUACUCCUGGCCCAUCUUCACAAGGUCAUCAAACACAAAACUGAUGGAUUAAAGAUCAGAAAAAGAAACUAAUCUGCUUUUAAUUUCAUUGAAUAAGUACUAGAAAUAAAAUGGGUCAAAAAUCCCAAAACAGUAAAAACAAACACAUCAGUCAAUAACAAUCAAACAAUUUGACAUAUUAGCACUUGAUACAAAAAUGUGCUAAUAUAUAUAAUAUAAUAAUGUGACCAAAAAAGGGAACAAAAAACUUGCAAUUUCUACCCUUUCCAAAUUUGCCUCAAGUGAACAUGCAGGCAAAAUAAACACAAACUAGUAACCGUUUUAGUUGGAAAUGUAAUUGAAAAUUUAAGACAUUUAAGACAACUAAAAGAAUGAUCUCUUUUAGUUAUGUGAUGAUGUUCUUAUGAAUUAAAAACCAAUUUAGAUGGUCAAAACUGACAAUGGUUACUACAACUGGGAAAAUGAACACAUUAACAAACCACGACUGUUUAGCUAUUUUUUUUUGCCUUUGUAAACUAGUUUCAACUUUUUUCCUCUGUAAUUAUUUGCAUUUGUGAGUUGCUCUUCAUAAUAAAGUUUUUUAUUCU